GAGGGAAGGGGAGUAAAGAGAGUGUUAGCAUAUUAUGCUGGGCUUUAGCGUGGAGUACACAAAGCGCGCGGGGGGGGCGCGUAAUUUAUUGCGAGGAAACUGAAGAAACGAGCCCAUUAUGUGUCUAAUUAAUAGAGCCGGGAAUGCCUCCCAGCUGCCAUUUUGACAAGCUGCCUAUCGCCGCUGCUCUCCUCCUCCCCCCCCCCCCGCCACCCCCAGCUGAGAAAAGGUGGAAUGCAGCGUGAUAAAGGAUUGCUGUCUUGGGAGCAUCUGGCUGUGGAUUUAGUCGGGGAAGGAGGUUGCUGCUGCUGCUGCUGCUCGCGUGCGCCUGAGCUGCUCGGCGAGAAAGGUUCUUGUUCUUCAGUUAAACUUAGACCUUUACAGAAGCUAAACAUCAAGAAAGGACUGAGUUAACAAGAUCUUGAUGUACAAGAACAAAAAUAUUAAAAUCUCCUACAUCUGAAAAACAAGAAGACUCGUCUGACCGUACUUUGAUUCUGGAACAUAGACGGAAAAUGAUGUGGUGCCGUCUUUGCGAGAGUUUGGCAGUGAUGAUUUAUAUGGACACGGUGGCUUUUCUAUGAUAACCUGUGCACCUAGAUUGUUAUGGGAAAACUGAAGACUUCAACGGCAAAUCAUCCAGAGUCAAAAUGAAUACAGAUAGUGGUGGGUGUGCUCGCAAACGUGCUGCCAUGUCUGUCAAAUUAACAGCCGUGAAGAGAGUUCAGAGUUCUCCAAACCUAUUGACAGCAGGACUUGAUUCUCAGUCACCAGAUUCAGCUUGGAGAUCAUUUAACAGUGGGAGUAGAGAAACACUGAAUGGCGACACUAGCAGCUCCUCUCUUGCAGCAAAAGGCUUUCGAAGUGUCCGGCCAAACCUACAAGAAAAGAGAUCGCCAGCUCAGGCCCCCCCACUUCCUCCUAGGAAAGAAAGUUUGAGUAGAUCUGGAAUAACUAGUCACAAGAAGAGCGAAAUUAACUCCCGGUCCGUAACAACCAAACAAACUAAGAAAUCUCCUGAUGCUGACCACUGUACUAACAAGGAGUUUAUACGGAGGGCAGUUUAUUCUAAAAAAUCUAACAGCAGUGUGUCCUACACAUACAAAACCACUAAGCCACUGGCCUCUGUUUACAGCACAAAAACAAUAGCUGGAAUUAGAACAAGUUUCCGCCAAGGCCACAAACAACCAGGUCAAAAACGUAGAGUUUCUGCCCUGAAAUUAACUAGGGCACGAAAUGCAUCUAGUAGUAUUCCUUCUUGUGUACAGCAGCAGCCUGUGCCUGUUGAAGCACCAGCAUCUCCACGGAGGCCUGUCUCACCUGCUUGUAACCCAGUACCUGAGAUACACAAAGCAUCUCUUUCCAUUCAGAUAGCUCCCAUCCCUGAUAAUAAAGCGGCGCCUGAAAGCCAACAACAUCCACCUAGGCUUUCUCCAGACACUUCAGAGACGCCUCCAAACAAUAUGCAACAAAUGUCUACAGUUCCUUCCGCACAGUCCACAGAAUGCAAUGUGCUUGGAAACCAGAAAGUAACUGCCAAUGUGAUGGAGGUAAAUGCUUCACAGACACACAGACAAACUUCAGCAGAAGCUUCGCCACUGCCUCCUUCACCACCUCCUUCAUUGGUAUCGAUUAACAGACCCUCUCUCUCACCCGACAGUGGCACCCACCCCGUAACAUCAUUUAUUUUGCCAACACGGGAUGAUUUUUGGCCGUCACGCUUGUAUAGAACCCUGGCCCUUUCACGUUUUUCAUACGCAUACCCUUUCCUAGCUCCUGACAGUACUAUCCACAGGACUGAAAUGGCCUCUGUUAUGACCGACUCAGCCAUGAGUGAGUACUCCUCUCGCCCGGUGAGUGAGUCCUCCACUGCCAUUCUAGAUGAUCUCCAGAGCUGUAACUAUGAUACUACUGACUGUUCUGAAACACCUUCCCCAACCUUGAGCCAGAUGUCUGCUGUGUCAGAUGCCACCACCUUAACCACCACUGCUGCCAGAGCUCAUGCUCAGAUAACAGUGAAUGGGAACUCUAGUUCAGCAACCAGUCCCAUGAGCCACUUUCAAAGGCCUUUUUCCCCUUCAGGAUAUUCCCCACCAGUCUCACUCAAUUCAAGCCUGGUUCUCCUGCAACAGAGCAGAACAAUGGAAUCUGCAGAGACAUACUCACAGCAUGCUCAUUCUGUUGGCGGCAGCAGUACCACCAGCACAAUACCAAUCUGCAGAACUUCGGAAGAAGAGAAGAAAGUCACAGUCAUUAAAGCACCACAUUAUGCCGGGAUUGGCCCAGUCGAUGAAUCAGGAAUCCCAACUGCAAUUAGAACGACAGUUGACAGGCCGAAGGAUUGGUAUAAGACGAUGUUCAAGCAAAUACACAUGGUUCACAAGCCUGAUGAUGACACAGACAUGUAUAAUACUGCCUAUGCAUAUAAUACUGGUAACUUCAGCCCAUCCUUUUCUGCUCAAGCACACCCUGCUGCAAGAACACAGACAUACAGACCGCUGACGAAAAGUACUUCUGACAAUGGCACGGAGGCCUUUAAGGUCUCGUCCCCUGUACCUCCACCACCCCCAGCACCCCCAAUUCGCCCACGGCAACGAUCUGCACCAGAGAAAAAUGAGUGGGACCCUCCUGAUAGAAAAGUAGACACACGCAAAUUCCGUUCAGAACCAAGGAGUAUUUUUGAAUACGAGCCAGGGAAGUCUUCUAUCCUCGAACACGAGAGACCGACGGGUCGCAUAAACCCAGAUGACAUAGAUUUAGAAAAUGAACCCUGGUAUAAAUUCUUUUCUGAGCUGGAGUUUGGACGCCCGCCUCCUAAAAAGCUUUUGGAUUAUGUUCAAGACAAUCCUCCAGGUCUUUCCAAUGAGACUUCCUUAUAUUACAGUCCAACAGAUAGAGGCUUGGGCAGACCUUCUAGUUCAACAAGUACGGCAAGUGACUACAGGAAAAGAAGGAAGUCUGAGCCAGCAGUACCUCAUCAGAAGGCACACAGUGAUCAAAAUGCAAAUCGGGCUAGUGUGGGCCAUACAAAUACGCAGAGCACAUAUUCUACACUUAGGAAGCCUGUUACAACCUCUUCUCCAUCGUCUCCAUCAAAAGCAAAAGGUGGGGAUAUUAGCAAAGUGUGUUCACCCCUUUCCAGUUACUCAGUGCCCAACUACAGCAGCUCAAAUGAAUUAGAUUACUGUAGAACCUAUGGACAGCGCUUGGCUGUGCCAAGUGACUCAAGAAGGGCAAUCAGCUACAAGAAUGGCUGGCAAAUGUCCCGUCAAAAUGCAGAAAUCUGGAGCAGCACAGAAGAGACUUCCUCUCCCAAGCGGAAAUCUCGCAGUUGUGAUGACCUGCUAGCAGAUGAUCGUUGUAGCUUUCCUGACCCACAGAAUAAAUCGGAAAGCAUGGUGUCUCUGUUAUGUGAGGAAGAUUCGAAAGGUGGCUCCACACUUACCUGGGCUUCCCCAUACGCUUCUGAAAGCCGUGGCUCCAGUCACUCACGGGCACGUCAUAGAUCAGCACACGACGCUCCUGGCUUCCUGAAAAUGUAUAAGAGGAUGCACCGUAUCAAUCGGAAAGACUUGCUGAAUUCUGAGGUAAUCUGUUCUGUAAAGUCCAGGGUAUUGCAGUAUGAAAAGGAACAGCAUAAAGACCUGCUGCAGGGCUGGAAAGACUCCUCUGCUGAGGAAGUGCCCAGAGACAUGGUGCCCAAUAGAAUAUCUGAAUUUGAAAAGCUGAUUCAGAAAUCAAAAUCAAUGCCAAACUUAGCUGAAGAAGCACUGUCAGCAGUAACCCUCCUCGAACCCCCUAAAAAUGGCUUCUGUACAAAGAGACGGUUUUCCAUCGAGUCCUUGCUGGAGGAGGAAAACCAAGGCAGACAUGCUACUCAGGUACAACGGAAUUACAAAUCUAAAACUCUGGUGCCAAUUCACAUUGAAGUGACUAGUGAGGAACCGCAAAGAUCUAAUCUGGACUUUUCAGACAGUGACCAAGAUGGGGUGGUCUCUGACCUCAGUGACUUUAUACAGAUAGAAGGCUCUUCCUUUUGUAGUGAAAGUGAUUUUGACCACUUUUCCUUUACGUCGUCGGAAAGCUUUUAUGGAUCGGGCCACCACCACCACCACCACCAUAAGCAUCUCAUCAGCUCCUGCAAAGGGAGGUGCCCAGCAUCGUACACCCGCUUCACCACCAUGCGGAAGCAUGAAAGGGCUAAACAAGAAACUACCCCAGAAGACCCUAGAAGACAAGACUCUGACUCUGGCCUCUCUAAGAUAGCAUUCCUAGUCAGCCCAGUGCCUUUCCGGAGGAAAAAAACAGCAGCCCCCAAAAAGCAGGCUGAAAAGACUAAAUGCAAAUCAGCUGUCUUUGACGCUCUGGACUCUGCGCUUAAAGAUAUCUGUGACCAAAUCAAAGCAGAAAGAAGAAGGGGAAGCUUGCCUGACAACAGCAUCUUGCACAGACUUAUUUCUGAGCUGCUUCCAGACAUUCCCGAGAGGAAUUCCUCCCUUAAAGCUCUUAGGAAGAGUCCCAUGCUCCAGCCUUUUCAUCCACUGCCUCAAGAUGGUGCUAUUCAUUGCCCUUUGUACCAGAAUGAAUGUGGAAGAUUACCACUUAGUGCCUCUUACCAAGACAUGGAAACAACCAACAGCAGCAGCCAAGAAAAUGAUAGUGCACUAUGUUUCCAAGUAGACCAGGAGUCUCCUGGGAACUAUUCUGCUUUCACGGAUGUGGGUCGAUGUGCUCCAAAGGAAAGAAGAGGAACUCCAGAGAGAGAGAGACUGCCAGCUAGAGCAGUAUAUGAUUUUAAGGCUCAAACCCCUAAGGAGUUAUCCUUUAAGAAAGGCGAUACUGUCUAUAUCCUCAGGAAAGUGGAUCAAAACUGGUAUGAGGGCGAACACUAUGGAAGAGUUGGGAUUUUUCCAAUUUCUUACGUUGAGAAACUUCUUCCCCCCGAAAAAGCACAGCCAGCAAGGCCACCACCCCCAGCACACAUUGCAGAGAUUGGAGAAGCUGUUGCAAAAUACAAUUUCAAUGCAGAUACAAAUGUGGAACUGUCACUGAGAAAGGGAGACAGAGUAAUUCUCCUUAGACGGGUUGAUCAAAACUGGUAUGAAGGCAAACUACCAGGAACCAACCGACAAGGAAUCUUCCCCGUGUCCUAUGUGGAAAUCAUAAAAAAGAAUGCCGCCAAAGGAGCAGAUGUUUCUCCUGUUCCUCCAAUACCCCAGAGUUAUUCCAGCGACAGAAUACAUCAUUUAAGUUCAACUAAGUUGGAUUCCAAAGCAUCAUCCCCUCCUCUCAGGUACCGAUCCUCUCCUUGUCCAGAUUCUAAUAAAGAGAAUCUUCAGGCUGUCACCGAUGAAUGGUUGUCACUGACUCUUGCCGUCUCACCUUCAAGCACACCUUCCCCAACUCCUCCACCUUUUCCCAAACUCUUUCUUUCUGAUUUAGAGGAACUUGGCACUCUAGCUUUGACAGGUCCGCAGAGCGUGCUGGGGCAUUCAGAUAAUAUCACUCCUCAAGUAAAGCAUGACCAUUUUGUUCCAAUUACCUCACCAAAGGCUUCCCACUCCUUCCCUGAAUCUCCAACUUCACCUCAGCCAUUUUCUUCAUCUGCCUGUAUAUCACCUCCUCCAGCAACCUGGUUUCAUGACAGCGUGCGUAAGCCUGUUACCAAUAGUGUAAAUCUGAGCGAAAGUAAAUGUAGCAAUUUCAGAGAGCUGAGAGGAAGCCCCACCACCAAGGAAAGGAAAAAUUUCUCACAAACAACUCCGGAAGUUCAAGGAAUAGCAGGCCCUGCUCUUGUUCUCUCCAAAGAAGACCCAUUAUUCAGAACCCUGACGGAGACUGACGAACCAGAAGAAGAAAUCUGUGAAGAGCUGCUAGCGAUAAUCCAAGGGGGCCGGUCAAAAUGUAAAGAUUCAGGUUUCUACAGGCGUGCCCCUGAUGUAACAGAACAACUGGCAAGGCUUCACAUAGAGGAAGAGCUGAGCCAUGACAAUUUAGAGUCACUCAUAUCAGUUAAGAGAGAACCUAUGAUACCUUGCGAAGGGGACAGUUCACCAGAUACUAAAAAAGAGCCAGCUUCACUUCCCUAUGAGACGCAAGCACCUUCCACCUCUCCUUCUUGCCUUGCUUCCAGUCCUCCAUUUCACUCAGCCAAAACAUCUUUCUCUGAAUGCGUUUCUACAUCUUCCAAGCCUGCUGUCACCCACUCACCCCCUCUCCUUUCCAAACUGUCAUACAGACAGGAGAAACAUUCGCCAAAAUUAAAGGCCGAUUUAAAAAGAGAGAUAUUUGUCAUCGGCAAACCUCCUCGUAGCCCUGUUAUGACAAGGAGAUCUUGCAGCUCGCCAGUCAGAGGGCACAGCUAUUUACAUAGGCCACAGCGCCCUGUGUUUGCUCAUGAAAAUAUACACAGUGGGGGGGAACCGUUUCAGGUUCUGUAUAACUAUACUCCUAGGAACGAAGAUGAAUUGGAGCUCAGAGAGGGAGAUGUCAUUGAUGUGAUGGAAAAAUGUGAUGAUGGAUGGUUUGUGGGAACCUCCAGAAGAACAAAAUUCUUUGGUACUUUCCCUGGAAACUAUGUCAAGAGGCUGUGAAAUGUUGCUUAUUUUUUUCCUACUUAUUUAUGCUGCAUUUCUGCAACACAUCUGCAUAUAAAGCUGCUAGAAAACAUGCUCCACCAGUCUUCUGUUAUGCUGCUUUGCAAUUCCAGGUAGAAGUCAUCUAGUUCAUCCUCACCAUUCCCAUCCUCAUCCGCCAGCCAGCAGUAUUACCGUUAACAGCUACAAUGGGAUAACUCAGCUUUUAUGAAACAAGAGGAAUUAGUUCAACCUUUAGUACAUCUUUUUCUGUGUGCAUUAAAUAUUUGUCUGCCCCUACCAAUCUGAAAUAUGCCAAGAAGAAAAAGCUUAAUGGAAGGUACUUUGUGACACUCCAAGUGGUUAUCCAUAUCAUUUGAGGGAAAUUGCAGUACUGUCCUUAAGAAAAAUGUUUUAUCUUCUUUCACCUCAUAUAUAGAACAGGUUGUGGCUUACUACUUUUCAAUCAUUGUUUUGAGUUUUCACAUUCUUUUUAAGCUCAGCAGCAUAUGUUGCUUUUACGUUGCUGUGUCACACAUUUGCCUGUUUUUAACUCAUUUGCAAUAUAGAAUAAUCACUCAGACAUAUAGCUUCCAUGGCCUUGUAUGUUGCAACAUAUGCAGAGUGGUUAUAAAAUUUUGAGCAGGAAUAAUUCAAAAGGGGAAUUGCUCUUAAUAGUUGACAAGCCAUGACUUCUGGUUGGAUCUCAAAGAUUUCAUGAAGCUUGAGUGAACGGAGGUCAUACAUUGGUUAAAUCCCCCGUUUCCACAGCUAAGAGCAGCUUCAUGCAUGAAGCUAUUUGCAAAUACAGUAAGCACAACUUGCACUUCCUGUACACAUUAAUGUCCGGGAGGGCAUGCAGAUGUUCCUAAAGCAGUGUUCUCUCUCCAUAGAGAAAAUAUGUGAGUCAUACAUUAAUGAUGUGCACAAAGACAGGAAGCAGAUGAAAUGCAUCUUCUGUAUUUGCAUAUGUUAAUGCCCUAAGUCAGGAGAGAAGUAUGCAUGUCUUUGCAAGAAGAAGUAGAUCUUCCUAUUGCAAGUGCAGCAUACACCUCUGUCUCUCUCUACAGGGAAAAUGUUCAAAGGCCCCACUUCCAACAUCAGCGAUAUGGGCAAACUUAUCCCAAAGGAAUACAUGUUUACUGCUUAAUAUUAAAGAAGUAUACAAAACAAAACAAAAAUACUGGGAAACAAUUAAGCAAACCAAUAAUGAAAUUGUUGAUGUCAUAUGCUUCUCUACUACAUCAAAAAUACCAAGUUCAACAGAAUAUCUGAAAGUCUAGUACAGUAUUCAACAUUCAUUUAUCAUACAAAGUUUCUGCAACAAAAAACCAAUAUCCAGUGCACAAUUUUACUGCAACACCGAGUUGGGGGAAUUCUGCAGAAAGUAUCACACAAUGCUUUUAUUUUUUUUCCUACAUAUGUAUACACAUACAUUUAUAAACCUGAACAAUAUUUUCUUCCUGGCCCUCCAGCAUUAAAAGAAAGAAACAGAAAGGCACAAAAAUGAACACAGGUACAUGUGAGUGGAUGUAAUGAAAUAGUAUCAAAUAUUUGAAUAUAGUAUUUGUUUUCCUUAUGCAAAGAGAGGCAUCAAUAGUGUAUGAGGGAAAACACAUGAUUUCCCGCAUCUAUGGCUUUAUGUAAGAGUCCAGAUUUGGUUUUGCUGGCACCAUAUAGAAGGCAAAAACAAAACAAAACCCUUUUCUGGGUAAAGGACAGAUCUUCUCACAAAUAUUUGUAGUCUUGUAGCAUUUUGUACAUAUGUUUGGGUUUUUUGUACAGAGCCAUUUUAUUGUUGGGGGUUUUUUUUGAAGAAGCAGAAAACCUACCCCCUUCCACUAAUAAAUAUCAACAUUUCCUCGUCUUCUUUACCCCAUCCUCCUCCCAAUGUAUAAGCACAUUUGGAUAGUGCAAUUCUGUAAAAUAGCAUUUGCUGCAAAAGUUUUAUGAAGUAUAAUAUGGUUUUACCAGCCAAAUCUUUAAAAAUGUACAUAUGUCUUUAUUAUGGAGAAAUGUCAGUAAGACAGACAAUAAAUCAUAUUUGUGCAGCAUACCUUUAUUACUGCAAAUUUCAUGGCAAAAGCUUUAUAUUUCAAAGGCUUUCCAUUAUAAACUAGAUGUGCAUGCAGCUUUGCUGUGAAAUCAAUAUCUAUCUUUGAUGCCAUUUAUGAUGGAAGACUUAAAUGUCUGUUGCCUGUGAUAUUUUAAAAAAACACUGUUUCUAUUCUCUAUCUGAUUUUAAUAGAACAUUUUUCAUACCUGGCUUUCAGGUAAUUGACUUUGAAUUAUUACAUGCAAAAGGUCUCUGUGUUUUUCCCCUUGAAUAGACUUCUAAUAAAAUUUGCUUGGAGUACA